AUGCGUCUCCAGAAAGAAGGAUCUGCUGAAUUAUUGGUGUUAGUACACGUUGGUACUUACGCUGCAGGUAAGCGUAGCUGCAAAAUUUCCACGGUAACUGCGCGCAAGUGCGGUGUAACGACAGCUUCAACUGCUCUCGAUUUUUACGAUCCUCGACGCACAGCUUUGAUUCUCGUUGAUCCCCUCAACGAUUUUCUUGGUGAUAAAGGCCAACUGACACAAGUACUGAAGCCGGUUGGUGACAAAGUUGGUCUCCUUCCUAAUCUCCGCCUAGCCUUAAAUUCGGCUCGCACAGCGCAUUUGAAAAUCUUUUACGGAUGUCAUCAUCGUUACGAGGACGGAUACCACAAUGGAUUGCGUUUUCUCAAUUCAUCCCAAGCUGGUACGGAGAAAAAUAAAAUGUUUGCACGUGGUCAGUAUGGUGGUGAUUAUCAUCCCGAUUUGAAACCUGAACCAGGCGAAACAGUCGUUGUCGAACAUUGGACAGCGAGCGCAUUUGCCAAUACAGAUCUCGACAUGCAACUGAAAAAUCAAGGUGUCGAUCAUAUUGUCUUGGCAGGACUCGUCGCUAAUACUUGUCUGGAAAGUACAGGUCGAUAUGGAGUUGAAUUAGUUUAUCAUGUCACAUUUCUGAAAGAUGCCACAUCAGCAUUAGCGAAGAAGCCUAUCACGCUGCAGUGGAUAUCAACUGGCCUGCAUUUGCUCAUGCCAUUUUAG